AUGUGUUUGUCAUUUCAGCAUUUGGUGAUGUUCAGAGAUGUGGCUGUAGAUUUUUCUCAGGAAGAGUGGGAAUGCCUGAACUCAUAUCAGAGGAAUUUGUACAGAGAUGUGAUAUUAGAGAACUAUAGCAACUUGGUGUCAGUGGGAUGUUCCAUUUCUAAGCCAGAUGUGAUUACCCUACUAGAGCAAGGGAAGGAUCCAUGGAUGGUUGUGAGGGCUGAGAGAAGAAGAAGGAGCCUAGACUUAGAAUCCAGAUAUGACACUAAAAAGUUAUUUCAAGAAAAGGAUAUUUGUGAAAUGAAUUUAUCUCAGUGGGAGAUAAUGAGAAGAAUUAGAAGUUGUGGCCUUGAAAACUCCUUUAUCAGAAAAGAUUAUGAAUAUAAAAAGUUUGAAGGACAAGAGAAUUCUCAAGAGGGAUAUUUCCAGCAAGUGAAAAAAACCACCUCUGAAAAAAUGCCCACUUACAGAAAACUCACAUCUCUUACUCUGUAUCAGAGUAUCCAUAAUAGAGAGAAACCCUAUGAAUGUGGGGAUUGUGGGAAGGCCUUUAGAGUACGCCAACAGCUUACUUUCCAUCAGAGAAUUCACACUGGUGAAAAACCUUAUGAAUGUAAAGAAUGUGGAAAAGCCUUUAGACAGUGUGCCCACCUGAGUCGACAUCAGAGAAUUCAUACUUCUGACAAACUCCUUGAAUGUAAAAAAUGUGGGAAGAUCUUUACAUGUGGUGCAGAUCUUCGAGUACAUCAGAGAACUCAUAUUGGUGAGAAGCCCUAUGAAUGUAAGGAAUGUGGGAAGGCCUUCAGAGUACGAGGACAACUUAAUCUUCAUCAAAGGAUUCAUACUGGUGAGAAACCCUAUGAAUGUAAGGAAUGUGGGAAGACCUUUCGACAGUAUGCACACCUCACACGACAUCAGAGACUUAAUAUUGCUGAGAAGUGCUAUGAAUGUAAGGACUGUGGGCAGGCUUUUUUGUGUAGUACAGGCCUUAGAGUACAUCACAAACUUCAUACUGGUGAAAAACCCUAUGAAUGUAAGGAAUGUGGAAAGGCCUUCAGAGUGCGCCAACAACUCACUCUCCAUCAGAGAAUUCAUACAGGUGAGAAACCUUAUGAUUGUAAAGAAUGUGGAAAGACGUUUAGUCGUGGUUAUCAUCUGACUCUCCAUCAGAGAAUUCAUACUGGCGAGAAACCUUAUGAAUGUAAGGAAUGUCGGAAGUUCUUCCGUCGUUAUUCAGAACUUAUUUCACAUCAGGGUAUUCAUAUUGGAGAGAAACCCUAUGACUGUAAGGAAUGUGGGAAGACCUUUAGACUGUUCUCGCAACUUACUCAACAUCAGAGUAUUCAUUUUGGUGAGAAACCUUAUAAAUGUAAGGAAUGUGAGAAGACUUUUAGACUGCUGUCACAACUUACUCAACAUCAGAGUAUUCAUACUGGUGAGAAACCCUAUGACUGUAAGGAAUGUGGAAAGGCCUUUAGGCUUCAUUCAUCACUUAUUCAACAUCAGAGAAUCCAUUCUGGUGAAAAACCAUACAAAUGUAAGGAGUGUAAAAAGGCAUUUAGACAACAUUCACAUCUUACUUACCAUCAGCGAAUUCAUAAUGUAACUAAAUUGGACCGUCUCACUGGGACCCGCACGCUGCAUUUGAUUUGGAGCAUCCGGAAAGAAGUUCCUAUAUGGUGCUGGGAAUACCGCCCUGCCUUCUCUGGACACUCUGCACAUCUCCAGGAAAAGAACUCAGAAAACCAGUCAUCCCUGACAAUUCUAAAAAUCAUGCCCCAUUGGUUGGUGACUUUCAGGGAUGUGGCCAUUGACUUCUCUCAGGAGGAGUGGGAAUGCCUUAACUCCACUCAGAGGGACUUGUACAGGGAUGUGAUGUUGGAGAACUACAGCAACCUGAUCUCAUUGGCUGGAUGUGUGAUCCCUAAACCAGAUGUGUUUUCUUUAUUGGAGAAAGGGAAGGACCCCUGGAUGGUGAAGAGAGCCAUGACAAGAAGAUGGAGCUCAGACUUGGAACCCAGUUGGGAGACUAAAAAGUCAUCUCCAGAAAAGGGAGCUUAUGAAAUGGAAUCACUGCAGUGGGAGAAUAUGAGGAAAUCUAUCAGCCAUAACUUUGAUUACAAUGGUCUUACAGAUAAUAUGGAGGGCAAAGGUAAAUUUGAGGAUCAGCAGAGAGGUCAGGAAGCACUUUACAUGCACAUGAAAAUUACCUGUGGAGAAAAGGCUACCCAGAGCCAUUCUGUGUCACCUACUCUUCAUCAUAUAAAUCUUGCCAAGGAAAAAUUGUACAAAUGUAAGGAAUGUAAACGAGCUUUCAGCUACCUGUCAUGCCUUACUCAACAUGAGAAAAGCCAUAAUAAAGAAAAACACUCUGAAGUUAAGAAACGUAGGAAGAUCUUCAGCAAAAAGCCAACCUAUAUGCAACAUCAGAAGAUUCAGAAUGGUGAAAAGCCUUAUGAGUGUAUGGAAUGUGGGAAGGCCUUUGGUCGUAGUUCUGAUCUGAUUCAACAUCAGAAAAUUCAUACUAAUGAAAAACCUUAUCAGUGUAAGGCAUGUGGGAAAGCUUUUAUUCGUGGUUCACAGCUCACUGAACAUCAGAGAGUUCAUACAAGAGAGAAACCAUAUGAAUGUAAGAAAUGUGGAAAAGCCUUUAGUUAUUGUUCACAAUAUACUCUCCAUCAGAGAAUUCAUAGUGGUGAAAAACCCUAUGAAUGCAAGGAAUGUGGAAAGUCCUUUAUUCUUGGCUCUCAACUUACUUACCAUCAGAGAAUUCAUAGUGGUGAGAAACCUUAUGAGUGUAAGGAAUGUGGAAAGGCCUUCAUUCUUGGUUCACACCUUACUUAUCAUCAAAGGGUUCAUACUGGUGAAAAGCCUUACAGAUGUAAAGAAUGUGGGAAGUCCUUUUUAUGUGCCUCCCAACUUAAUGAACAUCAGAGAAUCCAUACAGGUGAGAAACCCUAUGAAUGUAAAGAAUGUGGGAAGGCCUUUUUUCGUGGCUCACAACUUACUUACCAUCUGAGAGUUCAUACAGGUGAAAGACCCUAUAAAUGCAAAGAAUGUGGAAAAGCUUUUAUUUCUAAUUCUAAUCUUACUCAACAUCAAAGAAUUCAUACAGGUGAAAAACCAUACAAAUGUAAAGAAUGUGAGAAGGCCUUUAUUUGUGGAAAACAGCUUAGUGAACAUCAAAGAAUUCAUACAGGUGAGAAACCCUUUGAAUGUAAGGAGUGUGGAAAGGCUUUUAUUCGUGGUGCAUAUCUUACUCAACAUGAGAAAAUUCAUGGUGAGAAGCAUUAUGAAUGUAAGGAAUGUGGGAAAACCUUUUUUCGUGUCACACAACUUACAUAUCACCAGAGAAUUCAUACAGGUGAGAAACCCUACAAAUGUAAGGAAUGUGACAAGGCAUUUAUUUAUGGCUCACAACUUAGUGAGCACCAGAGAAUUCAUAGAGGUGAAAAACCCUAUGAAUGUAAGCAGUGUGGGAAGGCCUUUAUUCGUGGCUCACAUCUUACUGAACAUCUAAGAACUCAUUCUGGUGAGAAACCCUAUGAAUGUAAGGAAUGUGGGAAGGCCUUUAGUCGUGGCUCAGAACUUACUCUACAUCAAAGGAUCCAUACUGGUGAGAAACCUUAUGCCUGUGUCCAUUGUGGUAAAGACUUUAGACGUCAUUCACAACUUACUCAACAUAUGAGGCUUCAUAAUUGAAAAAGCUUUGAAUAUGAUUUAAUAUAAAAAAGGCUUCAACUGUAUUCAACACCUCUAGAACAUCAGAGAACUGAUAUUCAUCAUAUUAUGUUCGUAAUGAAUUAGAACAUCCUUUUGCUUGUGCUCAUAGCCAACUCAUUUUUAGAAAGCCUAUAUUAAUGAAUGCAGAAAUAACUUCUGGAACACAUUAAACAUUUAUUUUCAUUUUCAUUUUUAUUUUUUUAUUUUAAAAGUAGGCUUCAU